CGGGGCUUUGGGCUGGUUGGGGCUCUGGAGGGUAGGUGGGUUCAGACCGAGGGGACUACGGGUCGGCUCUAGGUUCAGUGGGCUCGAAACAAAGGACUAUCCGGUGGGGACUCGACGCGGCGCCUUCCGACCGGUAGCUGAGCGGCCGAUCGAGGCUUCUCGGCCAACCAGUGCCCUCGCCGCGCGGUCUCAGUCGGCUUCUCCUUGGUUCCCCACAGCCCGCGCCGCGGUGGGGGCCCCGGCGCAGCGGCACCUGCUGCUGAGGGACCCCGCGGCCCAACCAGGUGCUCAUGAUGGGGCUGAUCUUCGCUAAACUGUGGAGCCUCUUCUCCAACCAAGAACACAAAGUGAUUAUAGUGGGACUGGAUAAUGCAGGGAAAACCACCAUUCUUUAUCAAUUCUUGAUGAAUGAAGUGGUUCAUACCUCUCCAACCAUAGGAAGCAAUGUUGAAGAAAUAGUUGUGAAGAACACUCAUUUUCUCAUGUGGGAUAUUGGUGGUCAAGAGUCUCUGCGGUCAUCCUGGAACACAUAUUACUCAAACACAGAGUUCAUCAUUCUUGUUGUUGAUAGCAUUGACAGGGAACGACUAGCUAUUACAAAAGAAGAAUUAUACAGAAUGUUGGCUCAUGAGGAUUUACGGAAGGCUGCAGUUCUUAUCUUUGCGAAUAAACAAGAUAUGAAAGGGUGUAUGACAGCAGCUGAAAUCUCCAAAUACCUCACCCUUAGUUCAAUUAAGGAUCACCCAUGGCACAUUCAGUCCUGCUGUGCUUUAACAGGAGAAGGGUUAUGCCAAGGUCUAGAGUGGAUGACCUCCCGGAUUGGUGUGAGAUAACUUUUUUGCUCGGAAGAGACUGCUGUAUUUAUUCUGUGACAUGAACAUUUUUCCUAGUACCUUUGGCUGCUAAGGCAGCAGCAUGUUUAAUUUAUAACAACACAAACCUCUAUGAGCAACACUUGAAUCAAGUGCAGCUGAACUGGAACAUGAAAGAUUUUUUUUCUUAACUUUUUUUUUAAUGCACUAAUCUUCAGUUGGAUGAACACUAAUGCAUAACUAUGUUUUCAGCAACAGAAUUUUUCUGGCUGCUUAUUCUAAUUAUCUAAUGACUGCCUUGCAAGAAAUAUUUGUCAUAUGUUUAAUGUUUUCUGAAGUAUUGUAAUAACUUUAAUGACCAGUUUCUUCCAUUUCUUGACCAACCUUAUCCCUACCAGAUAAUUACUGGUUUGACAAAGUAGUAGUGGAAAUUGUCAGGUACUGCUUGCAAACUAAACCAGCACUAAAUAUUUGCUCCCUGUAUAAACCAUUUAUCUUUGAACAGACUCAUUAUAGAGAAAGAAAUCUGCCUAAAAGAUAUAAGGAAGAUUAAACAUCAUGAGAACUGC